AUGGCCUUGCCUUCAAACGUCCACGUCUCGCAGCAUCCCAGCUUGCUGGCCAAGCUUAGCCAACUGCGAUCCAAAUCCGCCAGCUCUCGCGACGUCAAGUCUUUGAUCCACGAGAUCUCAUUAAUCAUUGCCUGCGAGGCCGUCAGCUCGGCUCUAAAACCGACCAAUGGCCCAAAGGAUCAAACUCCCCUCGGCUUCGAAUACACGACCGUUGUCUCUGAACCGAACCACAUCUGCAUAGUUCCGAUCCUCCGGUCCGGCUUGGGCAUGGUCGAAGCCGUACAAACUAUGCUCCCAGAGUCAGUACCCAUCCACCAUCUCGGCAUGUACCGCGAGCCCUCGACCCUCGACCCCGUCGAAUACUACAACAACCUCCCCCAACAAAGCCCGGGCUCUGCCGAAAGCAGCAAGCUGGCCAUCAUCGUCGAUCCUGUCAUCGCUACUGGCGGUACGUGCGCGGCCGCCAUCCAGACCCUGCGCGAAUGGGGCGCCAGGAGGGUGCUUGUCCUGUCUGUCCUGGGAGCUGAGGAAGGUGUCCAGAAGGCUGCCGCUGAGUGGCCCGAAGGAACGGAGAUUUGGAUCGCGGGCGUCGAUAAGGAGCUGACUGACGGAGGCAUGUUGAAGCCUGGCUUGGGCGAUGUUGGAGACCGUCUGUUCUUGACUAUUGGCAAAUAA